AUGGAGGUGUGCAUUCCGUCCGCUAUAGAAUUCACUCUCGACCAUGAUUACGUCUCCCAUACCCUCAGGCACAUCCAGAUCCUGAAGCACAUCGAAGUACCUGACCGAGCCAAGCUCAACCGCACAAGGCCCCAUCAAAAGCGCGGUAAUCUGAGGUCAAAAACCCGACAACGAUUCCAGAAUCUCAAGCAAAAGCUAGCGAAGAUCACAGCAAAAGUAAACCAGCUCGAGAGAGUUCUCCAGCAGUACUUGAAGGACUUCAUAACAUACCGUCAUCGAAUCGUUUUGGAUUUACUAAAUGCUAAGCUUGCCCAAGAACUUCGUGAUGAGGUAUACGGUUAUAUAAUCGGUGAUCAAAGGGCGAUCAGUAUCAAUACUUAUGACCUGUUCGAGUCUGCAUCGCCAGCAUUCGCCAUUCCCGGCCACACGAGGGCAAGCCGCUCCAAGCACUUCCAGAAGACACUCACGUCAAGAGGCUACGGUCACUUACUCGAAGCGAGGGCGAUACCCAGGCAUACGAUGCUGGAGCUAGCUAGCGCGUGGUACAGGAUCUCCACGUUUCGCUUCAUUGAGCCCCAUCAAGUCAGUCUAUUUCUUGAAACCGACUUCCAUGGCUUUGGCCUUGACACGCAGAAGCUGAUCCGGAGUAUCGAGCUGUUCACCCCGGUCAACUGGUCAGGCGAUUGCAUCACACUAGCCGAAGACUUAGCCGAGCUUCAUACUCUCAAGACUCGUGUCAACAUUCUGUUGAGCUUCCAGGCUAUGCAGACAAGGGCAGUGGUAGUGGCGGUGGCAGACCCCAGCGCAGCAAUCCCGCUUCCGGAUCUUGCACUUCUUUUCCCAAGCAUUCAGAAGUUGGUUGCUGCCGAAUAUCGUGUCACCGUGAAGCUGGGCUACCACUUGAAGUUCAAGGUUGUAAGCGAGGAUCUGACGGAGGAGCGUUGGGCGGAGAAAAUUGACGAUCAUUACAAAGCUAUGACUGCGCAACGCGCCCGCCGUGAACCAGAGGCCAAUGAUGAGUCUGAUGAGUCUGCAUCGGAGACGACAGGGUGA